AUGUCAAAGCGGCGCCCAAACAAGACGGUCGAAUGGACGGGGAAUAACGGCGCUCUGACGGGACCGGGUCUUGGCAAAGUUAACGGGAGAACCCAGAGCGCCGAGCUCAGUGCGGCGAGAAGGAUCCGGAAGGACGGGAACGUGGCGCCGGCAGGAAGGCGCCAAUUCUCAAUAAAGAAGGACACACGUUUGGCAGAUCUCAAAGACACAUGUUCAGAUCACAGCAACACAACGAGUGUCCAUCUGCAGCUCAAGCCCCAGAGAGACAGCCCCAGCCUCAGCGUCAGCCUCAGCCUCAGCCUCAGCGUCAGCCUCAGCCUCAGCCUCAGUCUCAGUCUCAGCCUCAGCCUCAGUCUCAGUCUCAGCCCCAGCCUCAGUCUCAGCCUAAGCCUCAGCCUCAGCCUCAGCCUCAGUCUCAGCCUCAGUCUCAGCCUAAGCCUCAGCCUCAGCCUCAGUCUCAGCCCCAGCCCCAGCCUCAGUCUCAGCCUAAGCCUCAGCCUCAGCCUCAGUCUCAGCCUCAGCCUCAGCCUCAUCCUCAGCCUCAGCCCCAGCCCCAGCCUCAGCCUCAGCCUCAGUCUCAGCCUCAGCCUCAGCCUCAGCCUCAACCCCAGCCCCAGCCUCAGCCUCAGCCCCAGCCUCAGCCCCAGCCUCAACCUCAGCCCCAGCCUCAGCCCCAGCCUCAGCCCCAGCCUCAGCCCCAGCCUCAGCCUCAGCCCCAGCCUCAGCGUCAGCCUCAGCCUCAGCCUCAGCGUCAGCCCCAGCCUCAGCCUCAGUCUCAGCCUCAGCCUCAGCCUCAGCCUCAGUCUCAGCCUUAGCCUCAGCCUCAGCCUCAGCCUCAGCGUCAGCCUCAGCCCCAGCCUCAGCCUCAGCCUCAGUCUCAGCCCCAGCCUCAGCGUCAGCCUCAACCUCAGCGUCAGCCUCAGCCCCAGCCUCAGCCUCAGUCUCAGCCUCAGCCUCAGCCUCAGCCUCAGCCCCAGCCUCAGCCUCAGCCUCAGUCUCAGCCUCAGCCUCAGCCUCAGCCUCAGCCCCAGCCCCAGCCUCAGCCUCAGCCCCAGCCUCAGCCCCAGCCUCCACCUCAGCCUCAGCCUCAGCCUCAGCCCCAGCCUCAGCCUCAGCCUCAGCCUCAGCCCCAGCCUCAGCCUCAGCGUCAGCCUCAGCCCCAGUCCCAGCCUAUGCCUCAGCCUCAGCCUCAGCCCCAGCCUCAGCCCCAGCCUCAGCCUCAGCCUCAGCCCCAGCCUCAGCGUCAGCCUCAGCCCCAGCCUCAGCGUCAGCCUCAGCCCCAGCCUCAGCCUCAUUCUCAGCCCCAGCCGCAGCCUUAGCCUCAGCCUCAGCGUCAGCCUCAGCCCCAGCCCCAGCCUCAGCCUCAGCCGCAGCUUCAGCCUCAGCCUCAGCCUCAGCCCCAGCCUCAGCCCCAGCCUCUGCCCCAGCCUCAGCCUCAGCCCUCAGCUCAGCCUCAGCCCCAGCCCCAGCCUCAGCCUCAGACUCAGCCCCAGCCUUAGCCUCAGCGUCAGCCUCAGCCCCAGCCUCAGCCUCAGCCUCAGCCCCAGCCUCAGCCCCAGCCUCAGCCUCAGCCUCAGCGUCAGCCUCAGCCCCAGCCCCAGCCUAUGCCUCAGCCUCAGCCUCAGCCCCAGCCUCAGCCCCAGCCUCAGCCUCAGCCUCAGCCCCAGCCUCAGCGUCAGCCUCAGCCCCAGCCCCAGCCUCAGCCUCAGCGUCAGCCUCAGCCCCAGCCUCAGCCUCAUUCUCAGCCCCAGCCCCAGCCUUAGCCUCAGCCUCAGCGUCAGCCUCAGCCCCAGCCCCAGCCUCAGCCCCAGCCCCAGCCUCAGCCUCAGCCCCAGCCUCAGCCUCAGCCUCAGCCCCAGUCUCAGCCCCAGCCCCAGCCUCAGCCCCAGCCUCAGCCUCAGCCUCAGCCUCAGCCCUCAGCCCCAGCCUCAACUCAGCCUCAGCCCCAGCCCCAGCCUCAGCCUCAGACUCAGCCCCAGUCUUAGCCUCAGCGUCAGCCUCAGCCCCAGCCUCAGCCUCAGCCUCAGCCCUCCCAGCCCCAGCGUCAGCCUCAGCCCCAGCCCCAGCCUCAGCCUCAAACUCAGCCCCAGCCUUAGCCUCAGCGUCAGCCUCAGCCCCAGCCUCAGCCUCAGCCCCAGCCUCAGCCUCAGCCCCAGCCUCAGCCCCAGCCUCAGCCCCAGCCUCAGCGUCAGCCUCAGCCCCAGCCCCAGCUUCAGCCUCAGACUCAGCCCCAGCCUUAGCCUCAGCCCCAGCCUUAGCCCCAGCCUCAGCCCCAACCCCAGCCUCAGCCUCAGCCUCAGCGUCAGCCUCAGCCCCAGCCCCAGCCUCAGCCUCAAACUCAGCCCCAGCCCCAGCCUUAGCCUCAGCGUCAGCCUCAGCCCCAGCCUCAGCCUCAGCCUCAGCCCCAGCCCCAGCCUCAGCCUCAGCCUCAGCCUCAGCCCCAAUCUCAACCUUAGCGUCAGCGUCAGCCCCAGCCUCAGCCCCAGCCUCAGCCCCAGCCCGAGCCUCAGCCUCAGCCCCAGCCUCAGCCUUAGCCUCAGCCCCAGCCUCAGCCCCAGCCUCAGCCCCAGCCUCAGCCUCAGCCUCAGCCUCAGCCCCAGCCCCAGCCCCAGCCUCAGACUCAGCCCCAGCCUCAGCCCCAGCCUCAGCCUCAGCCUCAGCCCCAGCCCCAGCCCCAGCCUCAGCCUCAGCCCCAGCCUCAGCCUCAGCGUCAGCCUCAGCCUCAGCCUCAGCCCCAGCCCCAGCCUCAACCUCAGCCUCAGCCCCAGCCUCUGCCCCAGCCUCAGCCCCAGCCUCAGCCUCAGCCCCAGCCUCAGCCUCAGCCCCAGCCUCAGCCCCAGCCCCAGCCUCAGCCCCAGCCUCAGCCUCAGCGUCAGCCUCAGCCCCAGCCUCAGCCUCAGCCCCAGCCUCUGCCCCAGCCUCAGCCCCAGCCCCAGCCUCAGCCCCAGCCUCAGCCUUAGCGUCAGCGUCAGCCCCAGCCUCAGCCUCAUUCUCAGCCCCAGCCCCAGCCUCAGCCUCUGCCCCAGCCUCAGCCCCAGCCUCAGCCUCAGCCCCAGCCCCAGCCUCAGCCCCAGCCUCAGCCUUAGCGUCAGCGUCAGCCCCAGCCUCAGCCUCAUUUUCAGCCCCAGCCCCAGCCUUAGCCUCAGCCUCAGCGUCAGCCUCAGCGUCAGCCCCAGCCUCAGCCCCAGCCCCAGCCUCAGCCUCAGCCCCAGCCUCAGCCUCAGCCUCAGCCCCAGCCCCAGCCUCAGCCUCAGCCUCAGCCUCAGCCCCAGCCUCAGCCUUAGCGUCAGCGUCAGCCCCAGCCUCAGCCCCAGCCUCAGCCCCAGCCCCAGCCUCAGCCUCAGCCCCAGCCUCAGCCUUAGCCUCAGCCUCAGCCCCAGCCCCAGCCUCAGCCCCAGCCUCAGCCCCAGCCUCAACCCCAGCCUCAGCCUCAACCCCAGCCUCAGCCUCAGCCUCAGCCCCAGCCUCUGCCCCAGCCUCAGCCCCAGCCUUAGCCUCAGCCCCAGCCUCAGCCCCAGCCUCAGCCCCAGCCUCAGCCCCAGCCUCAGCCUCAGCCCCAGCCUCAGCCUCAGCCCCAGCCUCAGCCCCAGCCCCAGCCCCAGCCUCAGCCUCAGACUCAGCCUCAGCCUCAGCCCCAGCCUCAGCCCCAGCCUCAGCCUCAGCCUCAGCCUCAGCCUCAGCCUCAGUCCCAGCCUCAGCCUCAGCCUCAGCCUCAGCCUCAGCCUCAGCCCCAGCCUCAGCCCCAGCCUCUGCCCCAGCCUCAGCCCCAGCCUCAGCCUCAGCCCCAGCCUCAGCCUCAGCCCCAGCCUCAGCCCCAGCCCCAGCCUCAGCCCCAGCCUCAGCCUCAGCCCCAGCCUCAGCCUCAGCCUCAGCCCCAGCGUCAGCCUCAGCCCCAGCCCCAGCCUCAGCCUCAAACUCAGCCCCAGCCUUAGCCUCAGCGUCAGCCUCAGCCCCAGCCUCAGCCUCAGCCCCAGCCUCAGCCUCAGCCCCAGCCUCAGCCCCAGCCUCAGCCCCAGCCUCAGCGUCAGCCUCAGCCUCAGCCUCAGCCCCAGCCUCAGCCUUAGCGUCAGCGUCAGCCCCAGCCUCAGCCCCAGCCUCAGCCCCAGCCCCAGCCUCAGCCUCAGCCCCAGCCUCAGCCUUAGCCUCAGCCCCAGCCCCAGCCUCAGCCUCAGCCUCAGCCCCAGCCUCAGCCUUAGCGUCAGCGUCAGCCCCAGCCUCAGCCCCAGCCUCAGCCCCAGCCCCAGCCUCAGCCCCAGCCUCAGCCUCAGCCCCAGCCCCAGCCUCAGCCCCAGCCUCAGCCCCAGCCUCAACCCCAGCCUCAGCCUCAGCCUCAGCCCCAGCCUCUGCCCCAGCCUCUGCCCCAGCCUCAGCCCCAGCCUCAGCCUCAGCCCCAGCCUCAGCCCCAGCCUCUGCCCCAGCCUCAGCCCCAGCCUCAGCCUCAGCCUCAGCCUCAGCCCCAGCCUCAGCCCCAGCCCCAGCCCCAGCCUCAGCCUCAGACUCAGCCUCAGCCUCAGCCCCAGCCUCAGCCCCAGCCUCAGCCUCAGCCUCAGCCUCAGCCUCAGCCUCAGUCCCAGCCUCAGCCUCAGCCUCAGCCUCAGCCUCAGCCUCAGCCCCAGCCCCAGCCUCAGACUCAGCCUCAGCCCCAGCCUCAGCCCCAGCCCCAGCCCCAGCCUCAGCCCCAGCCUCAUGAGCCUCUGCCUCAGCCUCAGCCCCAGCCUCAGCCUCAUUCCCAGCCUGGAGUCACUAAACCCUUGGAGGAAGAGGAGGGGAGAGGAGAGGAGAGGAAGAGGAGAGGAAGGGGAGAGGAAGGGGAGAGGAAGAGGAGAGGAAGGGGAGAGGAAGGGGAGAGGAAGGGGAGAGGAAGGGGAGAGGAAGAGGAGAGGAAGAGGAGAUGAAGGGGAGAGGAAGAGGAGAGGAAAGGAAAAGGAGAGGAAGAGGAGAGGAAGGGGAGAGGAAGAGGAGAGGAAGAGGAGAGGAAGAGGAGAGGAAGAGGAGAGGAAAGGAAAAGGAGAGGAAGAGGAGAGGAAGGGGAGAGGAAGAGGAGAGGAAGAGGAGAGGAAGAGGAGAGGAAAGGAAAAGGAGAGGAAGAGGAGAGGAAGGGGAGAGGAAGGGGAGAGGAAGAGGAGGGGAAGAGGAGAGGAAGGGGAGAGGAAGAGGAGAGGAAAGGAAAAGGAGAGGAAGAGGAGAGGAAGGGGAGAGGAAGAGAAAAGGAAGAGGAGAGGAAGGGGAGAGGAAGGGGAGAGGAAGGGGAGAGGAAGGGGAGAGGAAGGGGAGAGGAAGAGGAGAGGAAGAGGAGAGGAAGAGGAGAGGAAAGUUGGACACUCUCUGACCCUACACCCCUCAGACAGGACACUCUCUGACCCUACACCUGUCUGUGCAGGACACUCUCUGACCCUACACCCCUCAGACAGGACACUCUCUGACCCUACACCGCUCAGACAGGACACUCUCUGA